AUGAGCUACAAUCGGCCUACAAUGCAAUCGCCUAGACAAGGUACUCCUCCUGUAACCACUGAGGGCUCAAAAUGGCAGACUUGGAGCGCUUCCCAAGUUGAUAGAACAAGAAGCCCUGCUCCAGUAAAACAAGCCAGCCCUCCCCCAAGACAUCAGAAUGCCUACCAACCCCAGCAACACAGCUCUUACCAUAAACAAAAUCCUUACAAAAAACACAGUGAACCGCCAUCAUCACCGCAGCAAAGAAAGCAAUCUUAUGUGUCCUCAACCUCGAAUCAGCAUAAUUCUAGCGCGCUCAAUGGUGCUCAAGAAAACGCUAAACCUGCUCAUGAACCAUCUAGUACCCCCAACAUUAGUAUUAAAUUGUCGGAUAUCCUUGGUGGAUCUGUCCCUGCAUCUUUCAGUAGCUCUACUGCAUCUAGCAAUGACGGACACGCAUCAACAGGGCCUGUGUUUAACAUGACCAUAGCAGAUAUAAUGUCUCCAUCACUCACCCCAGCAUCCUCAUCACCCGCACGAUCACCAGCUCCAUCGCCAGCAAGAUCGCCCGUAAUUUUCGAUCGACCUACACUUAAAGCUCCCCCCACAACUACCAUUCGAUUUGGUGAUCUUUGUGCAAAUGGAACCAAGGUUGACAAACCCAACACAAUCCGUCUCAAUGAUCUUGGAACUACUAAACCUUUAUCGAAUGAAUCCGACCACUCUGUACCUAUCAGCAGAUCUUCAUCUUCAUCUACAUCUACAAUAACCAGCACAAUUCGCUUGAAUGACUUGAGAAGUGGUUCAUCUUUGUCUUCUGAAAGCAAACCAGCCAAUACUAUUUCACUUUGGGACACACGUCCGGUUUCAAAAAAUCAGAAUAGUGUCAAUGAACACCACUUGAAUGGCCGUUUCCAAGAAAAACCUCAGCACAGCAUGCUGGGCGAUAGAAGUGUAGAUGCAAUGGCUGAGAAGAUGAGAGAUUUGAAGCUAUUCAACCAGGCAAACACAAUUGACCACGACACUCGGAAUCCUUCAAAGACUGGUUCUUUGGUAGAUGGACACAAUCCAUCCACAAAGCCUGCCAUGACAGAAGAAGAGAUAGCGUCACAAGUUUAUUCAGAUGAUAUAAUAGCGGACAGAAAGGCUAAUGCAGAGCGUAAAUUGAGACAAGCGCAUAACAGAGGAUGGGAUCGAGAAAAGACCGUCCCAAGAUUUUAG